CUAGUAAAUGUUUAAUCAUAAAAAUGGAGCAUUGCACAUCAUAUGUAGGAUGUGAGAUUUCUAAAGUGCCUUUAUCUGAUAUCGCUCAGAGGAUUAUGUCAGCUUUGCGGUCUAUUCCUGUAGCAGAAGCUCAGACUAGCAGAAAAAAUGACCGGAGUAUAGAGAAGACAAAGGAAAAUAAACUAGGUGAUAAUGAUGCGCAUCUGGAAAAUGAAAAGGCAAGCUCUAAGAAGAUUUGUGAUUCUGUGCUUAUAAACACCUCUAUCAACUCUGAAGAAAUUACCGCUGCUCAAACAGCCAGGGCAGUGCCUGUCAACAAAACGUUUCAUGGUCAAGAGACCAAAACAGCGGGCUCUUCAUUGUCACAGUCUGCUUUGAGUGCCCCUGUACAUUACCAGGAUCCAGGCUUGCCAAAAUGGGUACACAGGGAAAGAAACUUCUCAGUAGAAGCAAAAAAAGUGAAGAAUGGUGAAGAGAAUGUAGCUACAUCCCUUAAAAGAAAGCAGGAUGCAUGUACAUCUUGCUCAGAGAAAACAAGAAAAUUUCUUGUAAAGAACUCCUUGCCUUCAUAUGAAGGAAGGUAUAAUUGGGCUUCUGGUAAAGCAGAGUCAUCCGAGAAUUGUCCUCGGGAUAUCACAAGUUUGAGAUAUGAAGAAAAAAGAGAAUUGAUUGCAACUAUAAAACAGGCAGGGGCAUUUGUAACUACUAUGGUGUUUCAAGAUGGUUCUUCACUGCUCAACUCAGAACAGGUCUUAACCUCAUCAGUAAAAGGAAUUGUUGUCUUAGUGAAGAGGCAGACAAAUUGCCUUUGCUCUCCCAGUAACUCUUCAACUGCCUAUACUUGGGAUGCUUCUAAUCAAAAUGAUAAAUUACUUUAUUUAAAAAUGGAAUGUUCAUCCGUUUGGAAACAAGAGGAGACUCACAAGAAGUAUGUUGGGCAAAUAUUAUUUCAAAUGCUGCAUUGCAAAGUUCCAGUUAUUUGCUUCAAUGCAAAAGAUUUCCUGAGGACGCUACUUGCAGUUUAUGAUAGUGAAAUUAGCUGGAAACAAGUUGCUGACAGUGUCAUCUUAGAUCCAAGAAUUGCAGCAUGGCUGAUAAACCCUAGUGACACAGUUCCCUCUUUUGAGUGUUUAAUCCAGAAGUAUUUUGAAAAGUCUUUUUCCAUGAAAAAAGUAAAUACAGACACAGGUUCUCUGAGAAAUGCACUGUAUCAAAACAUAGGUUUACAUUUGGAGAAACUUUACAGUGUAAUGAUGGAUCUUGCUCAUGACUUACAGGUUCAAGGUUUGUGGAAAUUAUUUUGCACAUUAGAGCUUCCACUGAUCAAAAUUCUGGCAGUGAUGGAGACACACAAAAUACAUGUGAACAAACAAGAACUGAAAAAAACAUCAGAAAUUUUGGGGUUGCGACUGAAAGAACUUGAGCAGGAAGCCCAUCAAGUGGCUGGAGAGCAGUUCCUUGUGACGAGCAGUGCUCAGCUUAGAGAGGUAUUAUUUGAAAAAUUAAAACUGCAUACAUUGUGUGAGAAAAUUCCCAAAACUGAGAUACAACAAGUUGAAUCCACUUCAGAAGCUGUGUUAAAUAAGUUGCAAGAUCUUCAUCCAUUGCCAAAGAUAAUUUUAGAAUACCGCCAGGUUCAUAAGAUAAAAUCAACCUAUGUGGACGGCCUACUAACAUGCAUGAAAAAGGGAUUUAUUUCCUCUACGUGGAAUCAGACAGGAACCGCGACUGGCAGACUUUCAGCCAAACAUCCGAACAUUCAAGCUAUCUCUAAACAUCCAGUCAGAAUUAAAAAGAAACAGUACGUAAAAGGAAAAGAAGAGGAAAUCAUAACCAUUUCCCCAAGAACCUUCUUUGUUUCAAACACAGGCUAUACAUUUUUAGCAGCAGAUUUUUCCCAUAUUGAACUGAGGAUCCUUGCUGACCUGACAUCUGAUCCAGAACUUUUGAAACUAUUUCAAGAACCUGAAACCACUGAUAUCUUUGCCACACUGGCUUCUCAAUGGAAGGGGAUUCCAAGCGAACAAGUGAAGCAGGCUGACAGAGAACAGGCAAAGCGUAUGGUCUACUCAGUAGUUUAUGGAGCAGGUAAGGAACGACUUGCUGAAUGCCUCGGAACUACUUCUCUUCAAGCCAGUCACUUUAUAGAUAGUUUUAUGCAAAAAUACAAGAAAGUUCAUGAAUUUACGAAGAUGACCAUUGAACAAUGUCGAAAUAAAGGUUAUGUGGUUUCCAUAAUGGGCCGUAAGAGACCACUGGCUAAUAUCAACGCACAGGAUUACAAACUGCGGACCCAAGCAGAGAGGCAGGCUGUCAAUUUUGUUGUUCAAGGAUCUGCAGCUGAUCUGUGUAAAAUGGCUAUGGUUGAGAUUUUUACCUCUGUUGUCAUUUCUCCAACUUUAACAGCCAGGUUAAUUGCCCAGAUUCAUGAUGAGUUGCUGUUUGAAGUAGAAGAUUCUCAAAUUCAGGAAUUUUCAGCACUUGUAAAAAGAACAAUGGAAUCCCUGCAGCAAACCCCAGCGCUGGAAGUGCCGCUAAAGGUUCCCUUGAAAGUGAUUCUUACGGCCGGGAAGUCCUGGGGGUGCAUGCGGGUGCUGUGA